GUCAAACUCAAGUUCAUUUUAUCAAAAUAUAACCUAUAAAAGUUUAAAAAACUAUUUUUUAAAAUAUUAUUUUCUUUAGGUAUUUCUUUUUUAAUAAUCAUUACGAUUAAUAAAAUUUAAUAGUUCUCUUUAAAAAAAUGUGUGAUUCUAGCAAUUCAGAUAAAAAACCACAGUUUGGAAAUAGGUUUUUAACAGAGGAAAAUAAUGUUUUUGAACAUAAUGCAUGGUAUGAAUAAAAUAAAUUCGAACUUUAAAUUUGGUCUUUUUUACUAUAGACAAUGUUCAACACGAUAUAGAAAGAAACCAAAAUACGGAUCACGGUAUUUAAUAGACAAAUCUGAAGUUUUUAGUCACAAUGCCUGGGAUGAUGUUGAAUGGGAUGCAGCUCAAGAACAAGAAGCUCAAAAGAAAGUAUUUACCAAUAGCGUUAUAAAACUCGGUAAAGAGGACAUUGACAAAUAUGAAAAAGAAGCAGACACAUUUUGGAAUGCAUUUUAUGACAUCCAUACAAAUAGAUUUUUCAAAGAUCGCCAUUGGCUUUUUACAGAAUUUCCAGAACUAGGUGAUGAUGGUUCUUCAGCUGAGAAAAAAAUUUUUGAAAUUGGAUGUGGUGUUGGAAACACUAUUUUUCCUAUUUUACAAUAUUCUGUUAACAAAAACCUGAUGGUAUAUGGGUCAGAUUUCUCAUCUAAAGCAAUAGAAAUUUUAAAAAGCUCCGAUGUUUAUGAACAAGGAAGAUGUAGUGCAUUUGAAUUGGAUGCUACUGCUGAAGUAUGGAAUGUACCAUUCUCAGAAAAUAGCAUGGAUAUUAUAGUUCUAAUUUUUGUUUUAUCUGCUAUCAGUCCUGAAAAGUUUAGCCACAUAAUUGGGAAUAUUUAUAAAUAUUUAAAACCAGGAGGGUUAGUUUUAUUUAGAGAUUAUGGCAGAUAUGAUAUGGCUCAAUUAAGAUUCAAACCUGGUAAAAGUUUGGGGGACAAUUUUUAUGUUCGUGGUGAUGGUACAAGAGUCUAUUUUUUUACUCAAGAUGAAAUUAAAAAUCUAUUCGAAAAUGCAGGAUUUGAAGAAGUUGAAAAUAGAAUUGAUAGAAGAUUACAAGUAAAUAGAGGAAAAUUACUUAAAAUGUACAGGGUGUGGAUUCAGGCUAAAUACCAGAAACCCACUUGAGAAACUAUAUAUCUUUUUAAUUUAUUUACGG